UACCUUGACAUCGUUUCGGCGGAACUGAUCCGCUCUCUCGAUCCUUCCUGCUCUCCUCCUCCCAAACGGAGUUCCGACGGCGAUGCGCAGAGCGGCGGCGACCCUCCCUCGGCUGCUCGCCAGACCUAUUGUUUUCCCGCGGCCUCGCUUGAUCUCCCUCCCUCCUUUAAGCCCUCGAUCCCUCCCAUGUUUACGCCUCGGUUCCUCGCUGUCUCUUUCUUCUUCUCCUCCUCCUCCUCCGGUCGACACAGUUGCCCCGUUGCCAACCUCUUGGGAUCCUCCACGACCUUCGAGCGUAUCCCAUGCAUACGCUGAUCUGGAGCCUUAUCUUGGAUGCUCGAUGCCGGGGAAGCGCCUCAAGGUCGCCGUCCUCCUCAGCGGAGGCGUCGAUAGCAGCGUCGCCCUACGUCUCCUCCACGCCGCCGGACACGAUAUUACUGCUUUCUAUCUUAAGAUUUGGUUUCAGGAAGAUUUUGAAAACUUUUGGUCUGAAUGCCCGUGGGAUGAGGAUUUAAAAUAUGCUACCAUCGUUUGUGACCAGGUUGAUGUGCAAUUUGAGGUGGUCCAUUUAACAGAUGAGUAUUGGAAGAAUGUGGUAUCUCACAUUAUCAACGAGUAUCGUAGUGGUCGAACUCCUAAUCCUGAUGUUCUUUGUAAUACAAGGGUAAAAUUUGGUGCUUUCUUGGAAGCCAUUGGUAGUAGGGGGUUUGAUUAUGUUGCUUCAGGACACUAUGCUCAUGUUAUCCACUCUUCUUCAAAAGAUGGUCUUUCCAUUCUGAAAUUGUCAAAAGACAUGGUCAAGGAUCAAACCUAUUUUCUUUCUCAUCUAUCCCAAUCUCAGCUCAAAAAACUUCUUUUUCCACUUGGAUGUAUCACAAAGGAAGAAGUGCGUAGUAUAGCUUCCCUAAUGGAUCUGCCAAACAAAGACAGAAAGGACUCCCAAGGGAUAUGCUUUCUUGGAAAGGUUAAGUUCAGUGAGUUUGUUGCAAAGCAUAUAGGGGAAAUGGAAGGUAUAAUGCUUGAAGCUGAAACCGGAGAUUACCUAGGAAAACACCGUGGGUUUUGGUUCUACACCAUUGGUCAACGGCAAGGCCUGCGGCUUCCUGGAGGACCCUGGUAUGUUGUUGAAAAAGAUGUGCAGAACAAUGUCCUUUUUGUAUCAAGAAACUACUUUUCAUUAGAUAAAAGGCGACGGAUAUUCCGUGUUGGAUCAUUGAAUUGGUUUAGUGGUUCCUCUCCUAUUAACGUUGAGCAACUACAAUGCAAGGUCCGGCAUGGUCCUGGUUUCUAUGAGUGCAGCAUUACAAGUGGAUCAGGGAUAAGUGACGAGGAAAGUUUGGUUGUGCAUCUAUCGGAAGAUGAUCAGGGUUUGGCUGCUGGGCAAUUUGCAGCUUUCUACUGUAACAAAGUGUGUGUAGGUUCGGGAGUUAUUUUGGACUCCUGGGAUGAAAAGUGCUUCCCCAUUUGUUCAAAGGCUUUGGAGAUUUCAAGGAUGGAAGACAAAUCGAAACUCGGAAAACCAGUUAGAAUAAUUAAUCUGGAGACGAGUAAAACUACAAUUUGUCGAUCAGAACACUGAUGACAUAUUUGCAAGAAUAUCAGAUUUAUGGCCCAAACUCAGCUUGAAUCCUUUGGAAAGAAUGGGGUGCAGGUGACUUGAACAAUCAUUUUGGACUUUUGUAGUCAAAGUCCUGAUACAGAUUUAUCACCAAAAGUGUCAAUUGUCGUCACAGCUUCUUGAAUGACUUGCCAUCGACAUGCCACUAGAAGAGAUUUAGGAUUGCCACUAAAUGCCCAAGUAAAUGUGGAUCCUUGCAUACUAGAAUGACUGGUAGAGCCCUUCAUCAAUUCAUGAAGGUAGCUGAUUUUGGAGGCUUCCACCAGUUGGAGUUGUCUCAAGCAAUCUCUUCACCCCCAAAAGUGUAGAUUUCUGAUCAUUUGUAGAACGAACAAUUGAAACUGCUAUUGGCAACUUGUGUUUCGCCGACAGACUUGGUAUUUAAGCAGAAUGACUUUUGAGUUCUUUUAAACAGGAAUUGCUUGUAAGUUGCAUACAUUAUGAAUUCAUAGUUGAAUUUCUCUGUCUAUGUU